AAGGCUUUCAGCACUCUAUAUGUACCCUUAGCACCUCUGUCCCUCCCCAGCACUCCCUAGCACUCCCCAGCACCAUUCCACCUCGUCAACACCAUCAGCACUCGUUCAGCACACGUUUUAGCACUAUUUUCACCCUCAGCACCUCCUAGGAUGUUGUACAGCACUCAGCACUCCCUGUCAUACCUCACCACGGUGCUAUUCUACCGCUCAGCACUCCACGUAGUACUUUUAAGCACAUUUUAGUAGUUUUUAGCACUCGUCAGCACUCGUCAGCACUUCCUAGCACUCACGCGCACCCAAGCACUUAGGUAGUACUAGCUGUGAAUGUGUCAGCACUCCCUCAGCACUCGUUAGCACUUCUUAAGCACUUGUUAGCACUUUUUACAUGGCCUAGCACGUCCCUGUUAGCACUCAGCACAUUCACUCAGCACCUCCAUGCACUUGUUAGCACUUUUUAGCUCAUUAAGCACUUGCAUGUCGGUAAUUCAGCACUAAUUAGCACAUUUAAGCAGUUUUAAGCACUUUUUAGCACUUUUCAGCACAUUUCAGCACUUUUAAGCACUAAUUAGCACUUUUAAGCACAUUUUGGCACUUUUCAGCACAUUUCAAGCACUAGUUAGCACUUUUCAGCACAUUUUAGCACUUUUCAGCACAUAUUAAGACUCUGCAUGCAUUUCUAGCACUAUUUUAACACUCACAAGCACCUACAACAGCACACCGUACCGGGUUGUAGCACCGAACACCACCGCAGCCACCACCAUCAUCAUCAUCAGUUGUGAUAGCCAGACCACCACCACCACCACCGCCACCGCCGCUACCACCACCACCACCACCCUGUAGUCAUGAUCACGGGAGCUUAAAACUGUUAUCGUGUUCUGGUAACCUCUCCGUCUGGCCCCAUGCAUAAGGAACUCUCAAAGAACACAAGGGUCGAUGCAGGAAGUCGUCAGGCCCACACAUGGCAGUCCCUCUAUAAAAACAAGUGUGUCUGUUUCAAUCUGUCAUCUACAUUCAUACAUUCGUCUAAUCUUUAAAAGCUCCCAUGUGACUCUGCACUAACAACCUGAUUGCUAAGUCUAUCUCAUUCGUCCACCACUUUAUUUGAGGAUAAACUCCUAUCUUGUCUUCAAAUUCAACGUUAUCAAGUUUGACCUGUUACUUCUUGUCCUGCCGUGAUUACUGACCCUGAGGAUUUUGUUUGGGUCACCGUUGUUAUGUCCCCUAAGACUUGAAGACCUCUAUCAGAUCCCCUCUCAGUCUACGCCUCUCUAAGGAAUGUAAUUUUGAAAGCUUGGCCCAUCACUUCUUGUCCUGCCCUGACCACUGUCCCUGAGGCUUUCGUUAACGCCCCGUUCGUUACGUCCCCUGCACCGCUUGAACACCUCCAUCAGAUGACCCUUACGCCUCUCCAAGGAAUGUAAAUAAACACUGCCUGUACAUAUUGUUGAUAGAAGUGAACCGUACCUCAUGCAUGGCUUCGGACGCACAGUUGAGAAGGUUGCCAGUGUACGAUAAUGCAGCUUUCAAUCCCCGUGACCACCACCACCACCACCACCACUUUAGGAGUAAGAUAAAGCUACACCCUGGGUCCCCGGCGCUCCGUGACGGCAUUGGCGAGGGGGAGGGAAACCGAGGGCCGUGAUUGGCUGUCCCGGAGAAUGGAGGCUUCUGACUGGCUGACGGAUACAAACAGAAGAAAAUUGAGUCAAAAUAUUGUUAUCGUGAAUAAGAAUAUUGAUACGUAAAUGAAACAUGAUUUUUGUUAAAUAAUAGAGAUAAAAUUACCGAUGAUAAGGUGAUUCUAAGCGAGAUAUUGAGUAAUUAAUGAAAUAAAAAUAGUAACUGACAACUUCCACUCUCCCUCAGCCAAUCAGCAGCAAGGACAGUGUUGCCAACCCACCAGGCCUCACAUUUUUAGACUCGCAAGUUUUUCUUAGAUAUUUUUUAGAAUUUUUAAGGGGGUCUUCGCUCCCUAGAGGUCACUGAGAGGCUUGGCGCACGUGACCUUGACCCCGUGCCCCGCCCACCCCCUCGCCAGGCCGCCCAGCCCCGCCCUAGAGGGUUACCACAUAAUCCAGUGUUUUCCAUAGAGUUAAGAGACCAGCGGAAUACAGGCUGGGCAGGGUUGUCUGCUUGUUACUGCUGCUGCUGGCUCGCUACCCCCCACCCCUCUCUCUCUCUCUCUCUCUCUCUCUCUCUCUCUCUCUCUCUCUCUCUCUCUCUCUCUCUCGUUUUUCUUGCUUUUUUCUUGUUUUCCUUUCAAUAUUCUGGCUUUCUUUCCAUAAUUUAUCCACUAGCUUUCUCUCUCUCUCUCUCUCUCUCUCUCUCUCUCUCUCUCUCUCUCUCUCUCUCUCUCUCUCUCUCUCUCU